CUCAUUUCUUCUCUUUUCCCACGCGAUCCGAUCUCUAUUUAUUUGGGUUCGUGCUUGUAGCCCCUUCAAGCUUGUUGAAUUGAAUUGGAAUUGAAUAAGGAUGUCGUACGCUUACCUCUUCAAAUACAUCAUCAUCGGAGACACUGGAGUUGGGAAAUCUUGCCUGCUUCUGCAGUUCACAGACAAAAGGUUCCAGCCUGUGCAUGAUUUAACUAUUGGUGUUGAAUUUGGGGCCAGAAUGAUUACAAUUGACAACAAGGCCAUCAAGUUGCAGAUUUGGGAUACGGCCGGUCAAGAAUCCUUCAGAUCUAUUACAAGAUCCUAUUACAGAGGAGCUGCAGGUGCACUACUAGUCUAUGAUAUAACCAGGAGGGAGACCUUUAAUCAUUUAGCAGGAUGGUUGGAAGAUGCAAGGCAACAUGCUAAUGCUAACAUGACGAUUAUGCUGAUCGGUAACAAGUCUGACCUGGCACAUAGAAGAGCCAUUGAGGAAGGGGAGCAGUUUGCAAGAGAGCACGGGUUGAUAUUUAUGGAAGCAUCUGCUAAAACUGCUCAAAAUGUUGAGGAGGCUUUCAUUAGCACAGCAGCAAAAAUAUAUAAGAAGAUUCAGGAUGGAGUUUUUGAUGUAUCAAAUGAGUCUUAUGGGAUCAAAGUCGGGUAUGGCGGAGUUCAAGGCCCAGCGGGAGGGAGAGACGUUUCGUCAUCUUCAGCUGGCGGCUGUUGCAGUAGCUGAGCUCUUCUUGUUGCUGAAUCCUUGAUGAUUGCUGCUAUUCAUACAAUUUCCUGUCUGCGAAAAUUCUUCUUAUUGUGAUCAACUUUUUUACUAUGGGAUCCUUACUUGUGAAAUGUAUUUGCUUCUUGGAUAUGGUAAAUAAAUAUGUUCAUCCGUUUGUAAAUCUUUGCCGCUGGACAGACUUCUGUUUGAGUUAAUUGUAAUUGCGGAAUUUCAAUUUACUUCUCCA